AUGAUCACUGACGUUCAACUCGGCAUCGCCGCCAACAUUCUCGGCAUCGGAAUGCUACUCCUCGUCGUUUUCUUCCAUUACCUGACCGCUAAUCAGAAAUCUAACUAACGAGGUUUAUUUUAUUUUCACCACAAAAAGUAUAUUUUCAUUUCCAGAAAUGUCUCCAACUUCAAUGUGAUAUGCUGAUUAACUGCGCUACGGAUAAUUGUUGACUUUUAUAUGGGAAUAAUAAAUUAUGUAUUUAUAAAUGAUUUCUUGUUAUCCUUGUUGUUAUUGAUUAAUAGGUCCCGAUCCUAUCGAUUUUUUUCAUGCUUCAAGAAAUGUAAUUUUUUUGAAAAAAAUGAUUCAGGUUGAGUAGAAAAAGCCACUUUUUGGCAAAUGCAAUCACAAGCCCGGGGCUCAGGUUUGUGGAGUUUUAUUCAUUUUAAAUAUAAAAGGAGUGACAAUAAAGUAAUAUUUUGAUGAUUGUGAACGUUCAAUGCCAAACUCAUUAUUCUCUUUUUAUUUUUAAUAAAAAGUCAGGUCGUAAAAAGCCGAUUCACAAAGUUUUGCGAACGCUGUCAGGUUAUCUUUAAUAGAUUUUUUAUUGGGAAUUUUUUUGGGAAUCAUCAGUUCUUUUUUGGAUACCUUUUUGGGCUUUAUUUCGAAAAAGUACAAUUUUUCUUUUGCAUGCACGGUUUUUUGUUAUUUUGAAGUUGGAGUAUAUUAUUAUCUGUUAAAUUUGAGUUAGUUUUUCCAUUCUUUUUUUGGGACAUUUUUUUCAAUAAAUAAAGAUUUUUAAAGAUUUUUCUACGAAAACCUUCUGGUUUCCCGUAUAUUCGAGCUUUUUUCCACCAAAAAAUUUCCAUCAGUAUUUUGGGCUUAUUCACCUUUCAGCACUGCUUUUUUUGAUUUCAAAACUUCUGCAUUUUGAUAGAAUUCAAACAUGUUCAGCUAGCCAACCCGGAACGUCGUCUGGAGUGUCCUCACCAACUUACAAUAAUCAGUUUCGAUACGAAUCGGCCCGAAGUGGCUACGCUUCCCCGGGAGCUUAUUCUACAACUUCCGUGUUGGUUUUUAAUAAGUUAUGAGCUUUGAAAAGGGUUUUGGAGUGUUCUCAACGAAGAUACUUUCAUAUUACUCGGAUAAAAAAAUAAAUUUUUUUCAAGGAAAAUUGUGAAAAAUUAAGAGAUUGAAUUAAAAUUUAAGGUAUUUUAUCGAAUUUUUUCAUUGAUUAGUUGAGAAAUACACUGCCAAAGCUUUAACUUGUUUGUUGACAGAACUUUUUUCUCAAGACCUUUUUUUCUCUUCAAAUUUUGAAUUUGUAUUUGAUUGAAACCACAAUAUGUUUAGUAAGCUAAAAAACAAGAAAUUUCACGGAGUAUUAAAUAAUUUUUUUUCUGAGUUUACAGUUUCGCUUGAAAAAAAUACAAUCUAGCGAAAGAUUUUUCAAAAUUUCUAUCUAGACUUUCUUUGAAACUUGACCAUGUUCCUUUAAGCGCAUUAAAAAUUUAUUUUUUUGAGAAAAAAAUAAGUUCUUCAAAACGUGAAAAAAAUUGUUUAAAAAAACGCUAUUUCAAAGAAAUUUCAUUAUAUUGUUUAGUUCUGACCGAGUUGGUUGCCUGACGGCCGUCAGAAUGUCGGCUUAGGGCAAAACUUUCCCGUUUCGCUCGUCGUCUUAUUUAUGUUCGACAGGUUUCUCUUCAUUUUUUGAAUUUUUCCAAUAAUUUAUUUUUCGUUCAGAUGGACUUUGAGUUCGCUCUAUGGCAAAUGCUCUAUCUCCUGAUUCAGCCGUCGAAAGUUUACCGCAAUUUUAUUUAUAGGAAACGUAAGGGAUAAGAAAUGAUUUUUUGGAAUGAUUUGAUGUUUCAGGAACAAAAGAUCAGUUUGCGAGGGAUGAUCCAGCCUUUCUUGUCCUCCUUGCGUUAGUUUGAAAAUUAUUUGGUCGCGUUUGGAAUGGCUGAGCGCGUUGCGGUUUGAGUUGAAAAUGGAGUGUUGAAGUUUCCGAAGUCUUCUCUCAAGCUCCGCCCCUUACGGCGCGAUCAACCAAUCAGAGGACGAGCCAUCCACAGAGUUUUUGAAUGACGUCACUUGGCAUUAGAAAUACGAACAGACUUUAGCUGAUUCACGGCUGUCUUGGGUCGCAGAAAGGUAUGGCCUGUCUGCGCUCUCCACUAACCAGGCACUAUCUCUUCGUUUAUAAUGUCGGGACCCUUUUUUUCAAGCCAGCCGUGAACCAGCUAUAGAUGAUUCACGGCUGGCUUGGGGCGCAAAAAGGCGUGGCCUGUCUGCACUCUCCACCAACUAGGGCACUGUCUCGUCUUUUUUCGUGGCAGGACCCUUUUCUCAAUUAAUCAAGCCCGCCGUGAAACAGUUAUAUAUACGCUUCUCAUUUUCAGCCCAAUUCUGAAUGCGACCAAAGAGUUGGAACAAACCUUUGAUCAAUUUUUGAUUUUUCAGCUUAUCCCUUGUUGUCACGUCAAUUUUCUACGCAGUUAUUCUCGGCCUCUCCACGUGGGGAUUCAUCAAAUUCAUCCUCUGGGUGAUAUUCAUCGAUUGUUUCGGAGUUGGGAUCGUCAUCGCGACGGCGCUUUGGUUUGGAUUUGUUGCUUUUUUUGUGAGAAAGAAAAUUUUAAAAAUCAGAAAUGAAAUUAAUAUAUAUUUUUUGUAAAAAGGAACUUGAAUCUUGCUGUUUUUUCAAUCUAUUUUUUUUUGUAGGAGUGGAAAAAAUCGAUAUUUUUGAGAUACGUUUGAAGUAGAACUUUUCUUCAUGAUGAUAAAAGUUUACAUAACUUUUUUCUUGAGGUGCUUUUGAGAUGUUAUCAGAAAAGUUAUAGCCCAUUCCGCGCCAGCUUAUAAGGUUUUCAUCCGAGCUACAUAACCUUUCCAUGCGCCUUUAAAAUUGAAAAUUUUAGGGUAAAUUAAAGGCGCAUGCAUACAGGAAGCUCGCGCGCAUCGCAGGGAAUAUUUCCGAAAACGCUCCGUAGCUCGGAGGAAGAUAAAAACGUGACAAGCCUUCCGCGAAGCUUCCCUUCGAUGCGCCUUUAAUAUAUCGUGAAUUUUUGGGUAAAUUAAAGGCGCAGGCACAAAGGCAGCUCGCGCGCAUCGAAGGGAAGCUUUCCGGAAAGGCUCUGUAACUCGGAGGAAGAUAAAAAAAGUGACAAGCUUUCCGCGUAGCUCCCCUUCGAAGCGCGCAGCUGGCCAAUGUGUAUGCGCCUUUAAUAUAUCGUAAAUUUUAGAAUAAGUUAAAGGCGCAUGCAUAGUGGAAGCUCGCGCGCAUCGAAGCGAACGUUUCCGGAUAGGCUCUGUAGCUCGGAGGAAGAUGAAAACGUGACAAGAGGACGCGGAAUGAGCUAUUUUUUAACUAUAAAGUUUUUCAUAUCGGUGUACUUCUGUUAGAAAUGUAAGACGACGAAAAGGAAUCUAAUAAAUGUUUUAGGUGGAUCUCGAAUAGAUUUAUGAGAAAGGUGAAGGAUCAGGACGUCGAAUGGGGAUAUUGUUUCGAUGUUCAUCUCAACGCCUUCUUCCCCAUGCUCAUUUUGCUCCACGUCCUUCUUCCCAUCAUCUUCCCAAGUAAAUAUCUCAAUCAAUUUCAAGUUUCGGGUGGCUUCUUCUAAAAUUUUAAUGCGUUUUUAGUGUUAUUUUAACAUUCAGCAACUUAUUUUUGGUGUUAUCAUGUACGGGAAGUGUGAAAAAAAGUUUGAAAAAAUUAUAAGGAAGUCCUUUGAAACUGAAGAUUCAUUUUUGAGCAUUUAAAAUUUCUUUCCUGCUUCUUUCAUUGGUUUCCCAGCUAUCUAAAGUUUAACGAUAUUCAAAAGUUGACAAUCAAAAAACUUCUGAACAAAAAAUAGUUAUAGUUAUGGUCAACUUUGAACAGUUUUAACUUUCAGCUCUGAUAAACCCUGGCAAUUUCUUCUCCAUACUUUUGGGGAAUACGGUUUGGUUCGUCGCCGCUGCCUACUACGUUUAUAUCACCUUUUUGGGUUAUACAGGUGGGAUUAUCAAGAAAAAAAGAGUAAAAAAAGUAAAACCAAUAUUUCCGCAUUCGAAAAUACUCUAAGUAAGGGUUUUGCAAAGGAAAAAAGGAAAAAAUAUUCCCAAGCCUGAUAUUUUCACUGAAGUUUCGAGAAGUUUUUAACCUAAAAAAACCAGAAAGAAGUCAUUUAUAAAAUAUAAAAAAAUGUGUUAUUUUUCAUACAAAAUUGUACUAUUUUCGAAGAAUUUUUUUACUUUUUGCAGCCCUGCCAAUACUGCACAAGACGCAGUAUUUCCUCUUCCCAAUGUCAUUUUUGUUCAUCUUCUACGUGGCAACUUUGACGGCCGGCUGGAAUAUCUCUAAAACCGCCAUGCGGUAUUACAACGAAAGGGCCGAAUCUCACCGUUUCCAACAUAAUGGAUUGUAA